CACUGCCUGCCUAUUAAAAGGAGGUGCACCCCAGCCACCCUGGUGAUCCUGUCCCGGGCGCUCCCUGGUGUUGUCCUGGACUCACGCCAUGUGCGCUGCUCAGGUGGCGGCGGCGGCCGCGGCCGCGCGCUCUGUGUAUGCCUUCUCCGCACGCCCGCUGACCGGCGGGGAGCCGGUGAGCCUGGGCACCCUGCGGGGCAAGGUGCUGCUCAUUGAGAAUGUGGCCUCGCUCUGAGGCACGACCGUCCGGGACUACACCCAGAUGAACGACCUGCAGCAGCGCUUUGGACCCCGGGGCCUGGUGGUGCUCGGCUUCCCAUGCAACCAGUUCGGGCAUCAGGAGAACGCCAAGAACGAAGAGAUCCUGAAUUGCCUCAAGUAUGUCAGACCUGGUGGCGGGUUCGAGCCCAACUUCACGCUCUUCGAGAAGUGUGAGGUAAACGGCCAGCAGGCACACCCGCUCUUCGUCUUCCUGCGGGAGGCGCUGCCGGCACCCAGUGACGACGCCACUGCGCUCAUGACCGACCCCAAGUUCAUCACCUGGUCCCCGGUAUGCCGCAACGACGUCUCCUGGAACUUCGAGAAGUUCCUGGUGGGCCCGGAUGGCGUGCCUGUGCGCCGGUACAGCCGCCGCUUCCCGACCAUUGACAUCGCACCCGACAUCGAAGCCCUGCUGAGCAAGGUGUCCAGCAGCGCCUAGGGCGCCCCUGCUAAGCCCUGCUGCUUGACAGUCCCAGCGCUGCCCUCUGGGGAUUUCAUCCAUGAAGGCGUCUCCUCUAAACCCACAAGGAGGGAUGCCUGAUGCCCAGGAAAAUCCCCCCAGAUGGGCCCUGGUCUGUCCACCCUAGCCACCCCCACCUAUGCCCGAGGCUUUUCACAAUAAACUUUACAGUAUCACCAGAA